GAGGAAUUUGGGCAGAUCCGAGCGCGCCAGCCGCCUCGCACAUCUGGAAAUGGUUUCAGGGCCCGCCCCCGGCGGCCAGCGCCACGCCCGAUUCCCAGCUGCUUCCCGCGGCGCUGGAGGAAAACCCAGCCGCCCCAACGUCAACGCUAGCAAAGAGGGGCGGAGGUGGGGGAGGAAUAUUCUUUCGGACACGUAAUAUUGGCCCUGGGGCUCUCCAGCCCUUUGGGACUUCCAAUGGGAUCUUAGAAAACAGCCGAAGCAGCGGGAGGGCCGCAGCCCAGGGCCAGCCAGGAUUUUGAACGCUCUGCCCUGCAGCUCUUCUGGACCCAGCAGCCCAAAGCCCUGCCCUGACCCUUCACCAGGUCACGGUUUUUAUCCACGUGAACACACAUGGCUCUGUUACGAAAAAUAAAUCAGGUGUUGCUUUUCCUUCUGAUUGUGACCCUCUGUGGGAUCCUGUAUAAGAAAGUUCAUAAGAGGACUGUGAUCAAGAAUGAGACAGAUGUUGAACCAGAGGCCCCUGAAGAACUGGAAGAGGAGAUUCCUGUGGUGAUUUGUGCCGCAGCGGGGAGAAUGGGCGCCGCCAUGGCUGCCAUCAACAGCAUCUACAGCAACACUGACGCCAACAUUUUGUUCUAUGUAGUCGGACUCCGGAACACUCUGUCUCGAAUACGAAAAUGGAUUGAACAUUCUAAACUGAGAGAAAUCAACUUUAAAGUGGUGGAAUUCAACCCUACCGUCCUCAAAGGGAAGAUCAGACCAGACUCUGCGAGGCCUGAAUUACUCCAGCCUCUGAACUUUGUUCGAUUUUAUCUCCCUCUGCUUAUCCACCAACAUGAGAAAGUCAUCUAUUUGGACGAUGAUGUCAUUGUACAAGGUGAUAUCCAAGAACUGUAUGACACCACCUUGGCCCUAGGCCACGCGGCUGCUUUUUCGGAUGACUGCGACUUGCCCUCCACGCAGGACAUACACAGGCUUGUGGGGCUGCAGAACACAUACAUGGGCUAUCUGGACUAUCGGAAAAAGACCAUAAAAGACCUUGGCAUCAGCCCCAGCACCUGCUCUUUCAAUCCUGGCGUGAUCGUUGCCAACAUGACGGAGUGGAAGCACCAGCGUAUCACCAAACAAUUGGAAAAGUGGAUGCAGAAAAAUGUGGAGGAAAACCUCUAUAGCAGCUCUCUGGGAGGAGGGGUGGCCACCUCCCCAAUGCUGAUUGUGUUUCAUGGGAAAUAUUCCACGAUCAACCCUCUGUGGCACAUAAGGCACCUAGGCUGGAAUCCUGAUGCCAGAUAUUCGGAGCAUUUUCUGCAGGAAGCUAAACUACUCCACUGGAAUGGAAGACAUAAACCUUGGGACUUCCCUAGUGUUCACAACGACUUAUGGGAAAGCUGGUUUGUUCCUGACCCUGCAGGGAUAUUUAAACUCAAUCACAACAGCUGAUAGAACUCAACACUUAAAACAUUCCCUGUUUAAAAACGUGGAAUUAUUCCUCUGUAGCCAACAUUGUUCUUUAUGAACAAUAAUACCUUUGAGCUACAAUUUACAAAACAAAAAAAAACCUACUGUGUGCAAACUGUCCCUUGGACCAUGUAGGCAUUUAUCUUUGAGUACAAGUGGUACCCUAGUUAUGGAAAUCAAGGUUAGGUGACAGAAAGACACUGUUGGAAAGAAUUAAACCUAUCUUGUCAGCAAUCUGCUUAAUACUAAAAUGACAGUUUAUAUAUAAAUUUUAAAACUUUCUAAACGUAUUGUUCAUAAGCAGUUUUUUAAAACAGGUUGCCAAGACUGUCUUUGGUAGAACUGUUACAUUUAAAAUAUGGACGUCUGUAAAAUAAAAACUCAGAUUUUU